CUUGAAUGGAAAUGUGACAGAUCCAAAUUUUUCUGGGAUUGGUAUUCUUGAUUAUGAACGUUGGCGUCCAGUUUUUCGACAGAAUUUUAACGAUUGCUAGAAUAUUCUAUGAAGAAACGAUUAAACUUGUUAGAAAGCAUCGACCUAAGGCAGCUUGGGCAUUCUAUGAUUAUCCAGUGUGCUACAAUUUAACCCCUAGACAACCUAAUCCUCAAUGUGACGACCGUGUCAAAGCAGAGAAUGACAGAAUGGCAUGGCUGUGGGAUCAAUCAGGUGUUUUAUUACCGUCAGUUUAUGCUGUAAAAGCUUUUAGUAAGGAAAAUUUAACGGAAUACAUUAAUGGACGAUUGGUGGAGACUUACAGAAUAGCAAAUAAAUAUUAUCCACCAAAAAAAAUAUUUCCAUUCCUUCGCUAUCGGUACAGAGACAGCAUGAAAGAAUUUUUGACACAGGACGUGUAUGUAACUGUAUUCAGAGAAUUAUUACGUCAAAAUGUGGACGGACUCAUAAUAUGGGGUAGUUCAAAUGAUGUCAACACACGCCGAAAAUGUAUGAAUUUAUUGAACCAUUUGCACCAAGUUCUUGGACCUUUGAUAAAAUCAAUAGAACAAUUUUACCCUCAAAAUAAAAAUUCUGAUUGAUUAAAUUUAACGAAAAUCUAUUGGAUUUUGAAAUGGAAUAUUUGUCUAAACUUGGAACAUUGCAUAAACGCUUAUUCCAUCAGUUCUCAACAAACCUUUUCAAAUAAGACAAGUUGGACUCGAUAUUUACAUAAUUAAUCAUUAUCUUCAAACAGUUUACUUUGGAUUGGUUUAAAUUAUGAAACUCUAAUUAAUUCUUAAUUGAUGAAAAAUAUUUCAUCAGCAUUAAUUACCCAAGCGAAGAUUUUAUGUGCUAAAUUCAACAAAAUUAAAUCAAUUAAUAACAUAUGUUGAGUAAAUUAAUGUUUAUCACAUUUAGUCUCGAGAUCAUGUAGUAUUACAAGCUAUGAUCAAAAUCCUUCUAACGCAAACUAACCUCGGACACAUUAUUAAGGGAAACAUAUGUUUUCAAUUAUAUGCACCCUGCUAAAACUUUAUUGGCCUCCACAGAAAUGGUUCA